CUAGUGCAGAUACAAAAGGAGAAAGAACUAGGCCACAGAUAGCCUCGCGCACAAUCACACACCAAGAAUGUGCUUUGAGUUCGGUUGCUUCGGCGGCGGCAGACGGGAAGACUACGGCGGCGAGCGGCCUGCCCGCAAGGAGCUGCCAGGCCGAGGACGAAGACGGAGCCGCGGAAACCGCACUGCAGACCACAAGGCGCCCUCCGUCAACCAGCCGCAUGCUGUCGCCGCGGACGAAGCUGGGCACAAGGCCUACCAUGACGGCGCGUGGAAAGACCACCAUGCCGCCGGUGUCAACAGCGGUUACACUGCGUACGCGCAAAACAAGGCUGAAUACGACAACCCGAAGCUUCUGGCGUCGCACAACAAGGUGGGCGGCAACACCGGCUACACCUACGCUCCUGCCUACACCUACACGGGACGCCUCCACCAAGACGCUACAGAUCAUAAGAAGAACGCCCCCAUGGAUUACCACCAUUACCCAACCACCACUACUAAUACCAGUCUCGUAAGGUACUAGCUACUUAGAUUUGCUGGUUUGGCAGUUCACCAUCCCUCUCCCUGCUCACUGGCGUGUUUUCAGAUAUCAGUAGCUUUUUUUU